CGCGAACGAGACAUUGGAAACAUUGGAGUCGCGUAACCCUGAUAGCCUCCUCGAAAGCCUAUCAAAUUCGAUACAUCUCUUCCUGCAGCGUAUCCAACCAACCAAUUGUACCAUCUUCCAACAUAAUUCUAUUCAUCCACUACCUGCUGCAUUGUGACAACAGGAAAGAAGAGCCUCUUUUGGCUUUGUCGCCAUGAUGGAAGAUGAGGAGCGUAUUAAGGAUGGCUUAGAAAGUCUUGCUGUCGACCCUGCACCCGCCUCGGAGCAGAUUGUCGUGAAGAAGGAAAGUGACAGUACUACUUCGUCGCCAAAUGCUAGCAAAGAUUCCCUAACAGGGAGUUUAUCACCUGAUGAUGUGAAAGAUCGUAGUGACAGUGCAUCUACUCCCGACGGACACCCCCCCAAACUCUCUCGAAAGGCGUCUCGCAAAAUGGCGGCUCCACCGGCUCAACUUUACAACGACUUACCUGACGUUACCUCGGAGUCUUGCAGUCAUUUCCAGUUGAUCCCGGACUGUUUAUACGGUUCCAAAGCUCUCGGGUCGACAGAGCAUGACGCGCUUGAUUGCGACUGCAGCGAAGAAUGGCGGGAUGGCACGAACCAUGCCUGCGGUGAGGAUUCGGACUGCAUCAAUCGAGCCACCAAGAUGGAAUGCGUCGAUGGUGAUUGCAACUGUGGCGAUGGUUGCCAGAACCAACGAUUCCAGCGCAAGCAGUAUGCUGACGUCUCGGUAAUUCGGACCGAGAAGAAAGGUUUCGGCCUACGAGCAAACGUAUCUCUAGAAGCUCAUGACUUUAUUUAUGAGUAUAUCGGAGAAGUUAUCAACGAGCCAACUUUCCGAAGGCGGAUGCUCCAAUACGACAAGGAAGGCAUUCGCCAUUUCUAUUUCAUGUCACUAACAAAAAAUGAAUUUGUAGAUGCUACCAAAAAGGGUAAUCUGGGUCGCUUCUGCAACCACUCUUGCAAUCCAAACUGCUAUGUAGAUAAAUGGGUGGUAGGUAGCAAGCUUCGCAUGGGCAUAUUCGCCUCGAGGAGGAUUCAGCCUGGCGAAGAACUGGUCUUCAACUACAACGUGGACAGAUACGGAGCCGACCCUCAACCCUGCUACUGCGGGGAACCCAACUGCAUUGGUUUUAUCGGUGGCAAGACACAGACCGAGCGCGCAACGAAAUUGUCCGACGCAACCAUCGAGGCUCUCGGAAUUGAUGACGCCGAUGGCUGGGAUACUACAGUCGCGAAGAAGCCCCGCAAGAAGAAGAUUACGGAAGACGAUGAGGAGUACGUUAACAGCGUACAAGCUCGCGGGCUGGAUGAAAAGGAUGUCACCAAGGUCAUGGCUACGCUCAUGCAGUGCAAGGAGAAGUGGAUUGCAGUCAAAUUGUUCGAGCGUAUCCAGCGCUCUGAUGACGACCGGGUUCGCAAUCGAGUUGUGCAAAUGCACGGAUACCAAAUUCUGAAGACCGCGCUCAACACGUUUAUGGACGACAAUAACGUAGUUCUUCAAAUCCUCGAUAUCCUCUACAAAUUCCCUCGCUUGACUAAAAAUAAAAUAUCCGAUUCCAAGAUCGAGUCGACUAUUCAAUCGCUGACAACAUCCGAGCAUGAAGAUGUCUCUGCGGAAGCUACGCGACUAUUGGACGAAUGGAGCAAAUUGGAGGUCGCGUACCGGAUCCCCCGAAAAAAGCUGGACCCGAACGCCCAGCCAACAGCUAAUGCGCAGUCUGUCAACUCCUUCGAAGAACGUCGCGCAAAUCGUCCCGAAGAGCCACUUAUCAAGAGUGUUUUUACGCUUCCCGAGAACAUUCCUAAGGGGCCACGUAGUAAUAUUCCUCAACGAAAUCCUAACUACUUUAAUAACCAGCGUUUUCGACGUCCUCAGGGUCAGAACUUGCCCCCGGGCUGGUUUACCGCCACCGAUAAGCGUGGCAACUCGUACUACUACACCCGGACUGGUAUCACGACAUGGCAAAAGCCGACUGCGCCACCCGAGUCAGGCCCCUCACAACCCAAGGGACCAUCCAAGGCAGCCCAGGAGCAGAAGACGUUGCAAGACAUCAUCGAUUCUGUCACCAAGCCGGAAAAUGUACCCAGGCGAUCAGCAUCACAGACUCCGCAGACUAGCAGCACUCCAACCCAGGAGCCCAAGAAGGAGAAAUGGCGUUCUUUGCCAAUUGAGAAGCAAAUGAAGAUCUACGAAAAUACGCUUUUCCCUCACGUAAAAUCCGUCGUGGAUAGGUUUCAUAAGAAGCUCCCCAAAGAUGAUCUGAAGAAGUUCAGUAAGGAGAUUAAUAAGAAGCUCGUUGCGUCUGAUUAUAAGAAUAACCGUGUGGAUGAUCCAACCUCAAUUUCCGAGAAACAGCAGAGGAAGGUCAAAGAAUACGUCAAGGAUUUCUUUAACCGCGCAGUUGAGAAGUACAGGGCUCGCGAGCAGAAGAAGACCGAGCGGACUAACGGGCACAGCCACUCGCAAACAAGUCAAUACGCCGAUUCCACCGCAACGCCGGCAGCCAAAGACGAAGAUAUCGUCAUGACGGAUGACGAAGGGGUCAGCUCGACUCCCGGCAGUCUCGAUCGUAAACGAAAACGCGAGGACGAUGUGUGUGACUCACCCAGCUUAACCCCUUCUGAGCCACCUUCGAUGAAGCGUGUUAAGGAGGAUGAGGGCGAUGUCCCGAGUCCUCCGCCUCCGCCUCCUCCGCCACUUGACGGCGAAGCUGGGAUGGACAUCACGAGCGGAUCAGAUAAGCUUGGAGAACAGGACAGGCCCUUAGGAGAGAAAGAAGAAGAAGCACAGCGUGUAGCUGCCGAAGUGGAACGACAGAAGCUUCGAGAGGAAGAGGCGGCGCUUGAGCGAGAGAACGAGCUUAACAUGCUCGCUUUCGAAAGGGAGCAGCACGAUAAGCUGGUAAACGGCAAUAACCAUAUUGCACCAGAAGGACUUCCCCAACCCCACGAAAACGCAAACGGUGGAUUAGACUCGGUGGGUGAGGACGGAACUCCAAUUCAGCACAGCGCUAGGAAGCAUGAGGUUAUGAGCCACUAAUAUAAUAUGCCUAUAACUGCUUCCAGAUACUCACUUCUCAUUAGUGGGCUCAGGGGUGCUAGGCCAUAUCCGUUGUCAACUUCCAACCGGCCCCGUCAAUCGAACCAUUUGGGAUAGUUCUCUACAAGAACCCCAUAUCCAUUAACAUAUUACCUAUAUAAGCCUUAGCCAUCGUCUCACUCACGACAUGUAUCAUUGACCUUUUAUAAUCUCUACCUCUACCUCGCACACUAGCAACUCGAUUCAAUUCUAAGGAAGGGUGUUACUCUGAUUCCUUCAACUUUUCUUUUUCAUUAUGCUUAUACAAAG